AACCCCGCUCCACACAAAGCUCUCUGCUUCCUGCCACUGCGUCGGCGAGCGGGGGGAGCCCGAGCUAGCUCGAAUAAAGACUCUUUUGCGUCUUGCAUCGAACUUGGCUCCCUGGUGGUGUUCUUUGGGGGAUCUUGAAAUCUGGGCAUAACAGGGUACAGAGUCAAUGAAGGGCUGAUUUAGAGAGCCAAAGAGAAAAUAACCAGUCAGCCACACUUCACUCCCAAGAACACUUGAAGAGAGGAUAUAGCUUUUAAAUUUUAUUACAAAGGCUAUAUGUUAUUUUGAUAAUAAGAUUUUUUAAAAUAGGGCAGAGGGCCCCAACACACCGCCUUGCACGUGGCAAACACAUAACCCGCACUGGCACAGUUUGAUGGGUUGUUGGAGAACCUCAGAGCACAGCCCAUUGUUAGCAAACAUGGGUUGAUGCUGAGGUUCUAGAACUCCCAGAAGCAGUGACUCAGCGCUGGGAGCUUCUGCUCAGUUUCUCUUCACAGCUCUCGGGUGCCCUCCACCGGGGUUCCCUCUUUCCCAAAAUCCAGAUGAAGUUUCUCUUGCUCAUGAGUCUUUAUCUGCUUGGAUCUGCCAGAGGAGCACCAAGUCAGCUGGAUGAGCCUCCUGGCUCUUUGAAUCAUCAAGCUUCCGUCCAGCAAUUUUCAGGUGAGCCCUUUUCACUUGCAACCCCUUCAGACCGCAAGGCUUUCUUUGACACUUCUGCAGGCCGGGACGCUUUCAGCAAGCAGGCUGCAUUCGAGCACGCUUUAGUGGGACGCGCUUCCGGUGAGCACAGUUCAGGUAAGCACCCUUCAGGUGAGCCCGGUGUGGGUGAGCACGCUGCAGGUGAACAUGCUGCGGGUGAACAUGCUCCCGGUGAACCACCUCCAGGUGUGCAGGCUGCGGGUGAGCCACCUCCAGCUGAACAGGCUCCGGCUGAACCGGCUCCGGCUGAACCGGCUCCGGCUGAACAAGCUGCCGGUGGACAAGCUGUGACUGAACUGGCCGCCAAGGAACAACCUUCAGGUGAACAGCCUUCGGGUGAACACGCUUCGGGUGAACACGCUUCGGGUGAACAGCCUUCGGGUGAACAGGCUUCGGGGGAACAGCCUUCAGGCAGCCCAGCGGCAACCAGUGCAGGCCCAGCGAUAAACUGCCACACAUGCUCUUAUAUGAAUAGUGAAGCAAAAUGUCUUCGUGGAGAGGGAUCCUGCACCAUUCAGAAUUCCCAGCAGUGCAUGUUAAAGAAGAUCUUUGAAGGUGGAAAACUUGAAUUCAUGGUUCAGGGAUGUGAGAAUAUGUGCCCAUCGAUGAGCCUCUUCUCCCAUGGAACCAGGAUGCAACUUAUCUGCUGUCGGGAUGCAUCUUUCUGCAACAAGACCUAGAAGCUGGUGCUCUUCCUUGCUGCUGGCUCUGACUCAGGCAGCAAAAGUCCUCCACCCACCUACUGGGCCCAGUUUAUAUUUCGUUUCUUUUCCAGUCAACAGCCAGUCACAUGUGCCUCUGCCUGAGUGUCAGACUGGAUGCUCCAUACCAUGCCUCUCCUACCCACUCGUCUCUGCCCUGUUUUCUCUGUCCCCCAAAUCCAUCUCUCAACAUUCUUUUGUUUUUCAAUAAAUCCCGCAUGGUUACAGAA